GCCGAUGUGCCGGGAGGACGCCGUAUUCCGGUUGAUUUGCGUCUCUCUCCAUCCACCACCAUGGAUAUGUCUAGAGCGGUCCUCGUCAACGAAAAUGGCCAUGGCGGAGGAAGCACCUCUUGGACAAUGCAAGACGCCGGGUUUGAUGAGGGGGUUUCACAGCAUCGGCCGAACCGGGUGCAAACUGUUGUCCAUCACCCAUCGUCGAAUGCCCCCAACGUCUAUGGAGGGAGGCCUGACGUGUCCACCAGUGCUGGAUCCCAUCGUUGUGUGGAGCAUAUUGUGUGUCGCUUCAACAACAUGCGGGCGAACAGUGUCGGCGAGGGAGCACGACAGGGUGGUGCUGCAAGUGAAGCUGAGUUGGUUGACAUCGACAUUGAAGAUGACGACGAAGAGGAAGAGGUUGUCGUGAAGGAAGCGACACCUGCCGGGAAGAGAAAACAAACAUCGAAAGGUCGGGGAAAGGGGAAGGCGACGGCCAAGGAGGGUGGGACAAAUGGGGAAGGUGGCGAAAGUGGUGGGCGGGCGAACUGGAAUUUGAACGAGUCUCUGGUCCUUGUCCGCGGCAAGAGAGACCAAGAUGACUACUUUGCCAAUGCGGGCACCAACUUCGCCCGCAUGAAAACGAAGGACCGGAAAUGGGCGGACAUUGCGAACAUGAUGGACAAGGAAGGAGUUCGACAGGACGGGGACCAGUGCAUGAAGAGGUGGGAGAAUAUAUUCGGGUGGUACAGGAAAGUUUGGGACAGGGAGAAGGAGUCGGGACUGCAGUCUUACUUCCUCAUGAGCUCGAAAAUAAGAAGGGAGAAAGGAUACAAGUUCAACCUCGACCGCACUUUGUAUGACGCCAUCCACAUCAUGCAGGGGAACAAUCAGGCAGUUCACCCGCCGAAUAUCGUCGACACGGGCAACAGACAGGCACAACAAUCCCAGCAAGGGGAGCAUAGCCAAGCGGCAUCGGGCGGAGGGGAAGCUGACACUUCGGCGAGCGAAAACAAGGAGGCGGAUGUGGGCGAUGGAUAUGGCAGAAAGUCAUCAACGAACGUCAUGCAGGGCAGCAGGGGAAGCGGAAGAACGCCAGGCAACUGGCAUUCGAGGCGGUGACCAAGGUCAUGAAAACGCACUCCACCGCCGUUGUCGAAUCUGUGGACCGCGAAAGCAAGCGGCAGUGCGACGUCC